CCCCCUUCUCUCAUUUCAAAUUAUAUCCCAUUUCUUGUCCCACAAUCCCCCAUCUCUUUUCAACACUUCUUCAUCUACAAUCAUCUAAUCUAACCUCAUCUCUUCUCUUCUCUUCUGGAUAUUAUAUAUAUAUAUAUAUAUACACACACAUAUAUCUAUAUUCACUACACCAUAUCACCGUUCUCAACCGUCCGAUCACCGUACAUCAACCGCUCCUCCACCGGUCAACGGUCAAAACCACCGCCAUCACCUCAACGGUAUAUAGAUCCAUACACUGUUUUCAUUAUUCGCUGAUUGUUAUACAAAUGACCUAGGGUUUGUUUACAGCUUUACAUCGUCUCCGAUUUUUUACUGAUUUCAGACUAUUUUGUGUAGUGAUCUGAAAAAUUAGGGCUAAUUAGGACUAAUUAGGGCUAAUUUGAUUGUAUUAUACUAUUAUAUAUUAUGUUGAAUAAGCUUAUGAAGCGAGGGCAGCGGAAGCCUUCGAAAACCGACACGGAAGUUUCCGGUGUGUCCGGUUCGGUUUCUAGUUCGAAUGUUGUUGUGAACCAUGCCUCUAGAGGUGGAGGUGUGUCUCAACAGGUGCCGGAUAGUGGCGGUGGUGGUGGAGUGGCGGCUCCGGCUGGUGUAGGGAGUGUGGAGCCGCUCCCUAUGUUUCGUGAUGUUUCGGUAUCCGAAAGGCAGCAGUUGUUUGUUAGGAAGUGUCAGGUUUGUAGCGUGUUGUUUGAUUUUACGGAUACGUUGAAGUCGGUUAAGGAGAAGGAGAUUAAGCGGUUGAAUCUUGUGGAGCUUGUUGAUUAUGUGCAAUCGGGAUCGGGGAAAAUUAGUGAGGUGAAUCAGGAUGAGAUGAUUAGGAUGAUUUCGGUUAAUAUUUUUAGAUGUUUGCCGCCUGCGGCUCAUGAGAAUACGGGGACGGUGAGCAUGGAGGCGGAUGAAGACGAGACUUAUCUUGAACCGUCGUGGCCGCAUUUACAGCUUGUUUACGAGCUUCUUUUGAGAUAUAUUAUCUCGACGGAUACCGACACGAAAGUUGCUAAGAAGUUUAUUGAUCAUUCGUUUGUGUUAAAGUUGUUGGAUAUGUUUGAUACGGAGGAUCCUCGUGAGCGGGAGUAUUUGAAAACUAUUUUACACAGGAUUUACGGGAAGUUUAUGGUGCAUCGCCCGUUUAUUAGGAAAGCUAUCAACAAUAUAUUUUAUCAGUUUAUAUAUGAAACCGAAAGGAAUAGUGGGAUAGCUGAGUUAUUGGAGAUUCUUGGAAGUAUAAUUAAUGGAUUUGCAUUGCCAAUGAAAGAGGAACAUAAGCUGUUUCUUGUACGGGCACUUUUACCGCUUCACAAACCUAAACCGAUUGCUACGUAUCAUCAGCAGCUUGCUUACUGUAUCAUUCAGUUUGUAGAAAAAGACAACAAAUUGGCUGAUACUGUUAUUAACGGUUUGUUAAAAUAUUGGCCGAUCACUAACUGUCAGAAGGAAGUUCUUUUUCUUGGGGAGCUUGAAGAAGUUCUAGAAGCAACACAAGCCACUGAAUUUCAACGAUGCAUGGUUCCUCUUUUCAGACAACUAGCUCGGUGCCUCAAUAGCCCUCAUUUUCAGGUAGCAGAACGAGCGCUUUUCAUGUGGAACAACGAGCACAUUGUAAGUUUGAUCGCACAGAACCGAACCGUGAUUCUACCAAUUAUCUUUGAAGCCUUGGAGACAAACAUUCAGGGCCACUGGAACCCGGCGGUUCACGGGCUCACAAGUAACAUCAGAAAAAUGUUCAUGGAAAUGGACACCCCUUUGUUCGAGGAGUGUCAGAGGCAAUACGCAGAGAAACAGGCCCAUGCCAAAAUGGCACAAGAUCAACGUCAACAAACAUGGCAAAGAUUAGAAGAUAGCGCGGUUGUGCACCAAAUAGGGUGACGGUAUUUUAGUCGUGUUUUUACCGUACCGGUCUUGUUUUAGUUUUUGUUUUAUGUUUUAUGUUUUUUUACCCCUGUAAACGCAACCAAACCGGCUGUAGAUUCAGGUUUAGAUGUGGUUUUUUUUUGGAUUUAGAAAUGGUUUCUUUUGAUUUACUGUUGCAAAAUGUUAUGAAUAUGAAUGAAUAUGAAUGGAUGAAGAAGAGAAGUGUGUAAAUUUGUAUGUGCUAAAA